AUGGCGGGCACUCAGCGCUAUCUCCGCUACAUUGUCUUCGCGCUCUUCGCGCUGGUCCUCCUCUACUUUAUCGGCUCAUCGUCGUCGGUCCCUUCGGCGCCGAGCUGGCCAAGCUACGGCUCUGGCACCAAGGACACCCUCACACCCGGCACACCCGGCACAUCUGACACCCACGAUGCCGUUCCGAGCCCGCACGCAUCGCACGCUCCUGCUGCCGCGCAGCCUCCGACUACCCCCAAUGACCACGAGCUGCCGCCUGCGACUAUGCCCGGCGACCGCAUGAACGCUACCUUCGUCACCCUCGCCCGCAACCAGGACAUCUGGGAGAUCGCCAAGUCCAUUCGCCAUGUCGAGGACCGCUUCAACCGCAAGUUCAACUACGACUGGGUCUUCCUGAACGACGACGACUUCAACGACGAGUUCAAGAAGGUCACAACUGCUUUGGUGUCCGGCAAGACAAAGUACGGUAAGAUCCCCAAGGAGCACUGGUCCUUUCCCGACUUCAUCGACCAGGACAAGGCCGCGAGGGUUCGCGAGGAGAUGAAGGAGAAGAAGAUCAUCUACGGCGACUCCAUCAGCUACAGGCACAUGUGCCGCUACGAGUCCGGCUUCUUCUUCCGCCACCCCUUGAUGCUCGACUACGAGUGGUACUGGCGCGUUGAGCCCAGCAUCGAGAUGCACUGCGACAUCAACUACGACACCUUCAAGUUCAUGGCCGACAACAAGAAGAAGUACAGCUUCACCCUCAGUCUCUACGAAUACGUCGAGACCAUCCCCACCCUUUGGCAGGCCACCAAGAACUUCACCAAGACCUUCCCCGAGCACAUCGCCAAGGACAAUUCCCUGAAGUUCAUCAGUGACGACAACGGCGAGACCUACAACCACUGCCACUUCUGGUCCAACUUCGAGAUCGGUAACCUCAACUGGCUCAGGUCCAAGGCCUACAUCGACUACUUCGAGUCCCUGGACCACGCCGGUGGCUUCUUCUACGAGCGCUGGGGUGAUGCGCCAGUUCACUCCCUGGCCGCAGCUCUGAUGCUCAACAAGGACGAGAUCCACUUCUUCAACGACAUCGCCUACUACCACGUUCCCUUCACCCACUGCCCCACCGGCGAGCAGUACCGUCUUGACCACAAGUGCCACUGCAACCCCAAGGACAACUUUGACUGGAACGGGUACAGCUGCACAGCACGCUUCUACGAAAUCAACAACAUGAAGAAGCCAGAAGGGUACGAGAAGGAGCAAUAA